AUUAGGAACAAAAUGUACUAAUCAUUUCAACCAGCUUUAUUUUCACAGUUGAGGGCCAUACAUAGCCCAAAAAGAUACCAAGCAUAUUAAAAGCAACCAGGUACAAAUUAAUAAAUAUGAACAUCAAAUUCCAUACUACAGCCGGCAAAGUACUGACUUAAAAACAGUGACUCCCAGUCCCGUGCAGGUCUAUUGAGAAACCGGUACUUUGCUUCCCUCUUGUGGCGCUGUAUCCACCCUUGAAUUAUUUUAUUUCACCAAUGUGCAGCACUGAAAUGUGGAUACAUUGCUGUAUACUACCUUGUCUUGUUUGUCAUAUGUUGUUACAGGGCUUUGUAUUUUUCCGAUGUUCAGAUCAAUGUUAUUUAAUGUAUAAUUUAAUGAUGUAGUACUACUAAUAAAAUAAACCACAUAAACAAAAAGCCAGUCAGCAGUCAAAUGAUCAGACCCUCCGAUAAUUUUUGCCUUGAUUUUAGGGCCUACUAAUCCAUUUGCAUCCACAUAUUAUGCAUAUCGAUGCAUUCGAUAAUCCGCAGCCCGGAAGUUGUUUGGGGUUCCCAGGUAAAAAAAAAAAAAAAAAAAAAUCCGAGCGACGCUGCGGUCGCUUUGAAAACAAACCGCAAUCCAGACAAUUCUAAGGACGGCAAGAACGAGCCGUGACCAGAUGCAGGCAUCUGGUGAAACAAUGAAUGCUGAUGACUGCAACGGAUGCUCUCAUGCAUCAGGCAGUGGCCAAGAGUCGGCGACAGAGCAGGACUUUUACAGUUCAAACAGUCAACAGUCCUUGACUCAGUGUUCCUUUGCAGAAAACACCAUCAAGGCAGAGCUGUGCAGUGAAGAGAAAUCAUCACAAUCAAACAACGGAGAGAUUGACAGAAUGGAGCUGAUGGAGGAAGGGAGCGCAGAGCAAGCUGGGCUCGGCCAAGGGAACUUUUACAGUGAGUUGGGCACAUCAAAAAAUGCUUCUUCGCCUGGACCCAUCAGACUUCCGAGUGGAAAGCUCCAAUGUGAUGUGUGCGGGAUCAUCUGCAUCGGACCCAACGUGCUGAUGGUGCACAAGCGAAGCCAUACAGGUGAGAGGCCUUUCCAAUGUAAUCAGUGUGGAGCUUCCUUCACCCAAAAGGGCAAUUUGUUACGACACGUCAAGUUGCAUUCUGGGGAAAAACCUUUCAAAUGCCCCAUUUGCAACUACGCUUGCCGGAGGAGGGACGCCCUAACCGGACAUCUACGGACCCAUGCAGUUUCUUCGCCACUGGAAGGAAAGCCUUUUAAGUGUGUCUACUGUAGUCGGAGCUACAAACAGCAGAGCACACUGGAGGAUCAUUUUGACCGUUGCCACAGUUUUCUCAAGAGCCAGGAGCAGAAGGCAGCAGUCAACUCCAAGACAUCGCAGCAGCAUGAUCCGUCUCUAAAUAUGGAGACAAUGGCUAAAACCAUGCUGGACAUGUCCAAUGAGAAACCACAGAUUGCGGAUAGAUUAGCUGUUAGCAUCACCAAGCGCAAGAGGUCAACACCACAGAAGUUUCUGGCUGACGAGCACAUCCAUCGAGACCUGCGAGAAGUUCCUUGUGACUUGUCUUCUGGUUCGGAGAGGGAAGGGGAGCAUCUGAACCCUCAGCCAGUUGAAGACUCCACUGGUUUGAGUAGGAUACCUCUGCAAGACUCCAGAACCAAACGAAGGAGCGGUGUGCCUCAUCCUGCCUUCCCAUCUGAGCCGCACGUAGUCAUGGGCUCCACUGACAACAGCGUGCCUCCUCAAGGAGCCCCGGGUCGACUCUCAAUGGUGCCUCUUGGCCUGUCUGGUCAAGCAGCAGCCGAAGGGUGCAACGGUCACCCUUUGGUUCGUAGCCACACAACCUCACCCAACGGAUGUCCCGACUCUACGGAUACCGAGAGCACAGCAGAAGACCUCAGCACAAGGGCUGCAGUCCACACACGUACCUCCAACAACAACCAGCACCUCCACUACCAAACCCUAGCACUGCCCUACAGCCUUUCCACCUCCAGACUCGGCCAGGCUAAAGAGAUGGACUCAGAGUGGGACAACAGAGUGUGUCCUUCACCUCCCACCCCAGUGAAGAGGUGCACUGGCUCACCGCUCCCUUCCAGGGAGAAAGUGCAGGUAUUGGACAGGGACGGUCAGCCCAUGCGCUAUUUCCACUGCCGCCACUGCCGCAUCCUCUUCCUGGAUCAUGUUAUGUUCACCAUCCACAUGGGCUGCCAUGGCUUCCACCAGCCCUUUGAGUGCAACAUCUGUGGCCACAGCAGCCAGGACCGCUAUGAGUUUUCCUCACACAUGAGUCGAGGAGAGCACCAACUGGCCUAAGGAGAGCCGGAAGGGGUGAGCAUUGAGAGGAGCCACUCGAGGCGUUGUGGGGUCAUGUUGGAUCUGCACCCGACCAUGCUUUCAACCUCUAGUGUGAAAAUUAAGGAUGUGUCCUAUUCUUCUUACCUUUGCUGGGUUUACAUGCAGACUUUUUUGUCAUUCUCUGGUCAACCGUUUACAUGUGACGUGAUCUAUUCCGAUCUGGC